AUGGAAAACAGCACUGUCUCUUUUUACUUCAACCUCACAGUGUUCAUGAAUAUUGGACACUACCGUUACCUUGCCUUUGUCUUUUGCCUCCUGCUCUACAGCUUUAUUAUGUCUGCAAAUCUUGCCAUGAUGUGGAUAAUAUUAAGAGAGAGUACACUUCAUGAGCCCAUGUAUAUUUUUAUUGCAAUUUUAUCUGCCAAUGCUCUGUACGGUUCAACCGGUUUCUUCCCCAGAUUCCUCAUGGACCUUCUGUCUGAUAUUCAUUUAAUCUCACAUCCUGCUUGUUUCACGCAGAUCUUUGUUAUUUAUACGUAUGCUUCAUAUGAAGUGACUAUCCUGAGCAUUAUGGCGUAUGAUAGAUAUAUUGCUGUUUGUCAUGCUUUACACUAUCACAGAAGGAUGAACUCUAAAGCUGUCUAUAAAUUGGCUUUUUUUGCUUGGGUAUGUCCAACCUGUAGCCUCACAAUAGUUAUUAAUAUCACUAUCAGUCUCCCUCUAUGCGGUAACAACAUCCAGAAGGCCUACUGUGCCAGCUGGAAUAUUGUAAAAUUGUCAUGUAACACCUUCGCUUUUAACAAUACUGGUACUAUGCUUGGGGCUGUAAUUGUAGGCUUUCUUCCCUUUGUUUUUAUCCUUUACACUUAUCUGAGAAUUGUGAUCGCUUGUUGGAAAAUGUCAUCAGAGGUCAGAGCAAAAGUGUUACAGAGUUGUCUUCCACAUGUUAUUUCAUUUGUGGUUUAUUCCAUUACAUCAUGUAGUGAUACUGCCCUGGGCAGACAAAAUCUCGAUGAGAUCAAUCCGUUUGUGGCAUUAAUUUUGUCACUAGAAUUUGUUGUCAUUCCUCCUUUUCUGAAUCCUCUCAUAUAUGGACUGAAAUUACCAGAAAUUAGAAGACACAUUGUGAAGACAUUUUUAAAAUAA